CGUAGACCUCCAACCCUCCAGCAACAUCAUGUAACCUUCAAUUCACGUUACUGCGCCCUUCAGUCCAAAUGCCUACGCGCGCAAUAAAAGCGAUUUUCUUCACACGAUUUCACCACCUGAGAGGCUCGCAUGUCCUACACCAAGUCCCCUCGGGCAGUAUAACACCCUCGAACUCCCCCUCCGCCCUCUCACAGCCUUUAAUCGACUUCUCCUCCUGCACUACCUAUUUGAUCCCUACCCAAGAGUUCUCCGACCGCCUCGUCACGUUCUGCAACUCGCGGCACCGCGUAAUCGGAUACCCCAUCUGCAUUCGCGAGGGCAAGUACUCUCGUAAUGAAUUCAUAUUCAAUUUCGCGGUCGUCGUCGAGGAAUCGGUCGGCGACUGGCAGGCAUAUGGCGAGGUGGUGAGGAAGAUGGGCACUUUGCUGCGGAUAUUAGAAGAGCAGGGUGGGUUCUUGAGUAGAGAAGAAGACGAGUGGGGCGUUUGGGGGGAGAAUAGUGACGGCGAGGACGGACAUGGCGAGGAUGGGAGCCAGGCUGGAGGAGGGAUGUACUCGAUGUAUGGAGUUGAUGUUGGCAACGGAUUCGGGGGCGAAAGUGAGAGCGAAGGUGAACAUGGCAGCAAGAGUGCGAAUGUGAGAGUCAGCGCGAGUAAUGAUGGAAUGCCGCAGGAGGUUUGGAAGACUGGCGGUAGUAGAGUUCAUGCCCUUUGCGAAAUGAUCAUGGAAGAUUUAAACAAUUAUGCUGAGUGCAUGAUUCCCAUCGACGAGACCAAUACCAUCAACCUCAAACUAUUUCCAACACAUCCGCCGCCGCCCCCAGUAUUUCUUAACCAAGUGCCGCUUCUUACCAUUUCGCUUCAGUCUCUCACGGCGCCAAUCUCUUCCGAUCUCACCCUCAUGAGGAUCAUUCCCUUCAUCAACGGUAUCAACUCCGUUGCACAUAUCGCACAGCUUGCGGAUACCGAUCUGUCACUAACGCGAAAGGCUUUGCAGCAUCUUAUAUACUACGGAUGUUUGGUGCUGCUCGAUGUGUUCAGCUUCGGUGCCAUCUACGCACCAACAGCUGAGAUCAGCGGAUUUGUCCUCGAGCGGAGUCUACAAGAAGAAUGCGCUCGGUACGUCCGCGUGCCGAAGGCGAGAUUAGAAAGACGGGGAACCUUGAUGGGCGGCGACGGCGAGAGACACAGAGACGAGCGAGCAUCGAUAUCGUCCGAUGCCACAGCCAGGAGCGAAAUGGCAUCUCCAACCACGCCAUCCAUCUCCGAAUCCAACCAGAUCCGAAGGGAAACCUCCAAGGACGUCGACCUCGAGAACCCAGACAUCACGCCCGAAACCCUCAUAACGCUCUACACCCGCCUCCGACAGGGUCUCACCCUCCGCCAAUGGGUCCUCGACAACAUCGACCUCCUCCCGAACAUCGACAUCCGGCGCUUCAUCACCUUCGGCAUCAUCAAGGGCUUCCUCUACCGCGUGCACAAGUACGCCAUCACGACCUCCACGCACCACCAACACCACCAACACCUCCACAGCAACCCACCGCCCCCGGCACCCCCUACAUCCCUCCAGUCCCACCCGCACUCCUCCCACGCGACGACCCCCUCCCACAACAGCACGGCAUCCAACUCCCUCGCCGCCUCGCACCGCGACUCCGACGCCUCGACAAUAAGAGCCCACGUCUCCCCCUCCCAACUCCACACCACCCUCCUCGCCCACCACCACCACCACCACCGACCCUCCACCACCGGCGCCGCAACUCGAGAGCCUCCACAACUUCCACCACAACCACCAGCAUCAGAACCCCCACAGCAAUCAGACCCCCUAACCCGCCUCGACAGCAUCGUCAGCGAAGCCCAAGCGCACGCCCACGCCGCAGCCGCCGUCGCAUCCACCGUCGCAGCCGCGCGGGGAAGCAGCGAGAACACGGCGACGGGGGGCGGCUCGGGCGGGCUGCCGCUCAUGAGGUUCCUGGACGGGAUGCACGCGUUCGACGAGAUUUGCAUGGAACUGGGGCUCAGCGAGAAGGUGGUGGAGAGGAAGAUUAGGGGCGUGGGCGAUGUGCAGGUUAUUUAUCGGUGAGGGGAGGUUUUCACUUUGAAGGAGGAGGUGAGGGGGGAGGGGGUGAGUUGAAUGGAAUUGUAUGG